AUGGCUUCAGAGUUUGAGGCAAAGGGCACAUUCGCACCAGGCCGAGAGGAUGUCGAGUCGCCCGUCGUGAAAGAUGAAACCUCACCGUCCUCCCCCACCCCAGCCGACGCCGAAGAAGAAAAAGCCCUCCUCUGGAAGCAAGAUAAGCGUAUCAUCCCGCUCUCGGCGAGCAUCUACUUCCUCUGCUUCCUCGACCGCUCCAAUAUUGGUAACGCAAAGAUCCUCAACUCCUCCACGGGCCACGACAUGCAGACCGAGACCCGUAUGUCCAACCGCGACUUCACCAUCGCCCUCAUGAUCUUCCUCAUCGCCUACGCAAUCUUCGAGGUCCCCUCCAACAUCCUCCUCAAGAAGCUGCGGCCCUCGCGCUGGCUGGCGUUCCUCAUGUUCUCCUGGGGCUCCGUCACUAUCGGCCUCGGCGGGGCGAAUAGCUUCGCGGCGGUGACGGGCGUGCGGUUCCUCCUGGGUGUCUUCGAGGCGGGGCUGUUCCCGGGACUGGUGUACUACCUGACCUUUUGGUACAAGCACGACGAGAGGAGCGUGAGGGUCGCCAUGGUUCUCGCGAGCGCGACGUUGGCGGGCGCCUUUGGCGGGGCGAUUGCGUACGGCAUCGGGCACAUGAACCAGGUGCAUGGAAUGUCGGGUUGGAGGUGGCUGUUCAUUCUCGAGGGCAUCCCCUCGUGUCUGUCCGCCUUCUUCGUGUGGUUCUUCUUGCCCGACUACCCCGAGAGCGCCGGGUGGCUCUCGGAGCGGGAAAAGGACCUCGCGGUGCGGCGGCUCUACCACGAGGGCAGCAAGAGCAGCCACAAAACCAUGUCUUGGGAAGAGGCCAAGGCGACGUUGACGGACUGGAGAUUGUAUGGGCACUAUCUGGUGUAUUUUGCCAUGUCGACGCCUUUUUCAUCACUGUCUCUAUUCACACCGUCCAUCACCUCGGGUCUCGGGUUCGUCGAUCUGCAAGCACAGCUAAUGACGGUUCCCCCAUACGCUGCAGCCUACGUCGUCCAAAUCCUUGUAGCAUGGUCCGCAGACCACUUCAACGCCCGGGGCAUCCACUCGGCAGCCCUAGCCCUCAUCGGCGGGAUCGCCUUCGCCGUCUCGGCCGUCCUCCCGCCCGACGCCUACAACGCGCGCUACGGGUGCCUCAUCGUCGGCGCCUCGGGCGCCUUUGCCUGCAUUCCGCCGCUGCUGGGGUGGCUGACGUCCAACAUCUUCAGCACGGCGGCGACGGGGCUGGCCAUCGCGCUCAACGUUAGCAUCGGCGCCGGGCUCGGGCAGAUCCCGGGCGUAUGGGUCUACAAAGCCGAGGAGAAGGCCCGAGGGUACCCGACGGGCCACUGGGCCAACGCGGCGCUGCUUUUCGUGGUUGUGGUCGGGUGUGCGGCGCUGAGGAUGUACUACGGGGUGAAGAACCGGGGUAUUGUGAGGAGGGCGGCAGAGGAUGGGACGGAGGCGAGGUUAUACAAGUUGUGA